AUGUCGACUGAGAGCGUCGACCGCAAGCACGAUGCGCUGGAGAGCGAAAAGGCAGAGGUCGAGCAGAAGGAGAUCCUCGCCAACCCGGAUCGACUGCACGAUGCCUUUGACGGCGAGAACCGCGAGCAUCAGAUGGGCGUGUGGGAGGCCACCAAGCAGUAUCCGUGGGCGUGCUUCUGGGCUUUUGUGAUGUGCUUCACCAUUGUCAUGGAAUCGUUCGACAUGUUCCUCAACACCAACUUUGUGGCCCUCACCCAUUUUCAAAAGGUGUAUGGCGUCCAGACCGGCCCGGACACCUACGCUAUCCCGACCCGCUGGCAGAGUGCCCUCUUCCAGGCCGGCCAGUGCGGUGCCUUCAUCGGCGUCUAUCUGUCUGGGCCCAUCACCAACCGCAUCGGAUACCGCUGGACCACCCUCUUGGGCUUGCUCCUGAUGAAUGCCACCAUUUUCAUUUCUUUCUUUGCCAACUCCCUCACCCUCCUCGUCGUCGGUCAGGCCCUUGAAGGCGUCCCGUGGGGUUUCUUCAUUGCCAACUCGCCGGCCUACGCCAGUGAGAUUGCGCCGCUGCCCCUGCGCGCCGCCUGCACAGCUACCCUGCAGAUGGGUUGGUCCAUCGGGUCCAUUAUCGUCGCCGGCGCGACGUAUGCCUACAAUGGGCUCGAUAACGAGUGGGCCUGGCGCAUGCCGCUCGCCCUGCAGUGGAUCUUCCCUACCCCCCUCAUGGUCCUAAUCUUCUUCGCCCCCGAAUCCCCCUGGUGGCUCAUCCGCCGCGGCCGCAGAGAAGACGCCCUGCGCUCCAUCCGGCGGCUCGGCGCAAAGACCGAGGACAAGGCUCAGCAGUCACUGGCUAUGAUCGAGCGCACCGUCAAGAUCGAGGAGGAGAUGGGCGGCCAGCCGACCCUGCUGGACCUGUGGAAAGGCACCGACCGGCGCAGAACCAUCAUCACUUGUCUGGUGUACGCGUCGCAGAACUUUGCCGGCAACCUGAUUGCCAACCAGGCCACCUACUUUUUCGAGCAAGCCGGCAUCGCCCACAACAAAGCCUUCAUGCUCAACUUGAUCACCACCUGCCUGCAGUUCGUCGGCAACGCCCUCUCCUGGGGCCUGACGUCGUGGUUCCGCCGCCGCACCGUCUUCCUCUGGGGCACCGGCGCCAACGUCCUGUUCCUCUUCCUGCUGGGCAUCUGCGCGUCCGUGCCGCAGAACUCGCAGACCAACUACGCGCAGGCGUGUCUGGGGGUGAUCAUCUCGUUCGUCUAUGCCUGCGCCCAGGGCCCCAUCACCUACACCAUCAUCUCUGAGACCUCGUCGGUGCGUCUGCGCGCCCUCUCCACCGCCGUCGGCCGCUCCGCCUACUACAUCACCGAGAUCCCCAUGAUCUACCUCGCCUCGCGCAUGCUCAACACCACUGGCUGGGACCUCGCCGGCAAGUGCGGCUAUGUCUGGGGCUGCACGGCGCUCGUGUGCUGGGUGUCGGCGUAUUUCUGGCUGCCCGAGCUGAAGCAUCGCUCGUACCGCGAGGCGGAUAUCUUGUUUAAGCGGAGGGUGUCGGCGAGGAAGUUUAAGACGACCGUUAUUGGCGUGGAGGAGAAUGAGUAG